GCCCAGGCCAGAGGCAGAGAGGAGAGAGGAGAGACGCAGGAGAUGGCAGGAGAGUGUGAGCCGAAGGUGCCAGGUGGCCCUGAGGAGGACACUUUUGGAGGACAGAGAUUCGCCAAGAAAGACCCUGUGGUGUCCACUUACCGGCCAAAGUGCUUGCCAGGGUCCUGGGGCCGCUGGCCUCUGCUGCUGCUGCUCAGCCUGUCUCUGGCCAUCUGCUUCCUGCUGUUGGUGACAACCUUGGUUCAAGUUUCUAGGAUCCCCAAGUCUCCCCAGGUAGAGGCUCAGGACCAUCAGGAAAACUCCAGCUUGGUUGCUGCUUCUCAGGACCAGGUGCUCUCAGGCUUGGAGCAGAUCUACCAGCAGCUCAGUCAGAUCAACACCUCCCUGGCUCGCCUGUGCCGUCCUUGCCCCUGGAACUGGGAGCCCUUCCAGGGAAACUGCUACCUCUUCUCUAGGACCCUGGGCACCUGGGAAUCUUCUGUCUCCUCCUGCCAGGAUAUGGGGGCCCACCUGGUGAUCAUCAAUAGCAUUGAAGAGCAGAGGUUCCUGAGAUACUGGAAUAUCAGGAGAAAUCAGCUCACCUGGAUCGGCCUCAGUGACCAGAAGAGAGAGGGCUCCUGGCGCUGGGUGGACCACACCCCGCUGCAGCUCAGCUUCUGGAAAGAGGGGGAACCCAACAACAGCGGAGAUGAGGACUGUGUGGAGCUGCACGAGAACACCUGGAAUGACAACACGUGUACCGCACAGAACUUCUGGAUCUGUGAACAGCCCUUGGCUCCUUGCCCUGGUCUCUGAGGGUCUCCGCCCCGCAUCCCCCAAGAGAUCGGCGACUUCUGCUUGCUCUUCUCCAUCCCCAACGCCCUGCUGAACUCCCACUGGCCUUGCAGGGAGGUCUUCGAGACCCUGAAACCCCCGCUCCUCCUGGAGCACGGUUUAUUCCUCUUCCCACUUAGGGUGGUCUCAGUCCCUCUGCCCAGCCUGUGGCAUCUCCUCAUCGAAGUCACACAUGGGCCGGUGGCAUCUGUCACGCUGCACAGUUUGUCUGCCCCAGCUUCCAUCCCCUGCCCCCCAGGAGAAAAUGAAAUAGUGAAACGAAAUGGAAA